GUGGGAGCUUCUCUCUCUCCCCCAUAGAGCGCAGCAUGAGCGCUCCGCAGCAAAAGGAUGUGUGAGCAGGCAGCGCGUUACUGUAGGGACGGGGUCCACAAACUGCUGAACAAAGAACAAGCCAAACUUCGAGCCCAGGAAAGCCGCGAGCAGCCGAAACCCGUAGCCGGUCAGGACAGCGAGUCCGCGACGGCAGCGCAGUCCGGAAACAGCGGCGCCCAGCCCGGUGGAAUCGACGGGCUCGUCCGCUGGAUCGUCACCAAAAUGAGCGACAACAAGAACAUCUCCAGCCGGGAGUACGCCUCCAGCAAGGAGGAGGUGGCCGUGGCUCAGGAGCAGUUCUUCGCCCCGGAGCCACGGAGAGGCAUCUCGGUUAUCCUGGAUAUAUUCAGAAGAGCCGACAAAGAUGAUGAUGGGAAGCUGUCUCUGGAUGAGUUCCAGGCUUUCUUCUCUGACGGCACGUUGAACGAGGAGGAGCUGGAGAAACUGUUUCACACCAUCGACUCGGAUAACACCAGUAAUGUAGACACGAAGGAACUCUGUGACUACUUUGCCAAGCACAUGGGAGACUAUGAAGGAGUUCUGGCCUCAUUGGAAACGCUGAACCUUUCCAUCCUCAGAGCAAUGGAUUUCACCAAAAGGGUAUAUGAGAGGGGAACCAAUGUGGAACAAUUUGUGACUCGCUUCCUACUGAAGGAAUCAGCCAAUCAGAUCCAGUCUCUCCUGAGCUCCGUGGAAAGUGCGGUGGACGCGAUUGACGAGCAGCACGGCCAGUCUGGUCAUCAACCUGCCAAAGUGAGCCCACGGAUGCCGGAGAAGCGCUAUCAGAACACCGUCCCUGAUUAUCCCCCCAACAACAGAGUGAGUGCCAGAGAGGCCGUCAGGACCAUCAACACAGCGUCAGGAGCUGUAGAGGUGAGAAAAGAAGGUCUGGAGGCUCAGAUCAAUCGCCUGGCGGAGCUGAUUGGACGUCUCGAGAAUAAGACAGUCUCGUUUGAUCUGCACCAGAGGCUAACAGAUACAGAUGGCACCCCGAGCGCAUCUUUGCUGCUGAUUCGCCAGGAGAUGGUGGUGUCCCAGAAGAAACUCGGCGAGUUCUGCGAGGCUCUGAAGCAAUACCUGAAGAAUGUCUCUGCUCAGAGAGACUGCUUUCAUGUGACUGCAGUUCGUCUGCCAGAUGGUUUGUCCUUCGUCGUCUACGAGUUCUGGGAUGGAGAGGAAGAGUGGAAGAGGCACCUUCAAUCGGCUCCCAACAAAGCCUUUCAGCAUGUGAAGGUGGACACACUGUGCCAGCCUGAGGCCAUCUCCUCCGUAGCAGUGCCAGCCGCCUGGUGCAGCGUGAACAGGGAUUGAGCAUGAAGAUGGUCGACUACACGCCAAGACUCCUCCUAGACACUUUCUUUUACUCCAACCUGUUUACUGCCCCUCCUCCUCCCUUUAUCCUUUGACUCUUUUUGUAAGUACAUGUUUACAUAGUGCAAAGGAAGGGCAUCAUCUGCAGAGAAAAUUGUUCAAUUUAAUGUGAGAAUACAAUAAAUGUUUGCAACGGGAUGAUUUGAUGCUUAAAGUAGCUCUGAGCCACUUUGAGGUGGAGUUUAUGUAGCAAGGACUAUGAGGUUGUAAGUCAUGUAGCAAAGUCUGUUUUUGGAUUAUACAUUGGCAUUGUUAUUUUUCUUUACAACACUUCAUGAUGGUGUCACCAUAAACUGCUCAUCUUGCUAACCUUCAUUAACAAGUUGCAGCUAACUCUGCAUUUCUGAAAACAUUACACUCACAUUGACCAUUUUAAGCUCACAGAACUGAUUAGGACCAUCAGCAGCCAUAAAUGUCAGUUUAGUUUGCACUCUCAGGAAAAAUGCAAGCCUCUGAUAGCUGCCUCUCUAGUUAAGGUUAGGCAUCUGGAAACUAUUAAAAAGAAAAUUAGGACAAUAUAAAAUUCCAGUAGCUCCCACCAGGCUCACAUCAAAUGGCUUUUUGCAAUGCUGUAUUGAUAUAAGACUUGUGUUUGUUUCAUGUAAGAAAUAAUUAUGACAGACCAGUUGGUUUUACUGCUCCAGACACGACACAAUAACAUUCAAAAAACACUGCACUAUGCAGUGUCCAAGUCCAUCUUACUUUAGAGAGCAUGAAAUUUCUUCCAUGCAUACAGCCCAGAAACUAGUUUUAGGGAUGUUGCAUGUCAGAAUUUCAACAGUUGCUACAUAUUGUUAAUGGGAUUUAAAAUGUCUAAUUUGGGAUUUUAAUGUCUAAUUUAUUUAAUUAUUUAAUUUCUGUACAAUUAAGCGUACAGUUAAGUACUCUUAAUUGUCAUGCUUCAGCAAAGCAGUCUUAAAAAUGUCUAUCUGAAUAAAUAAAAUCAGGGCUUCUUUUUUUUUUAAAGGAGCAUUCUCAUAAAUAAUGGCUGCUGUGGGAGCAAUGAGUAAAUAAGGUUUUACACACCUGAGCAACAAAACAGCAGUCGUCUUGUUGGUGAGACAGACCCUGAAAGGAGCGAAACAGGAAAUCUUCUCACAAAGAUUCAGUGAUAACCUUCUAUUCAUCGUUUUUCAUAGGGCUUCGUUUUAUUUCCUUAAUUUAUGAGCAGAGUUUAUUUUUGUUGGGAUGAAGAUUUUGGAGAAAGAAAAAGUGAAGCACCUUGCUGCUUUCCAUGCAACUCACCUGGUCUACUUUUUGCGUUGGUCUACAAUUGGUGAUGGUAGCUCAUAUUAGAGGUGACUGUCUAGCAGAGGUUGUACAUAGUGAAACAGUGUUCUAUUCUGAUUAUAUUUGUAUUUAUUGACAUGUCUCAGUGAUAUGGUGUAAAUUCUUUCUCGGUGGAAGUGGAUUCAGGGGGUGCAGCAGUUUCUCUUCAGUUUGUUUGAAAUCUGUAACAAAGUCUGAUUUAAAGCCUUAAACAACAACAACAAAAAAACAUGGAACUAGUUUUGAACAUUUGCUGGACCUUUGAUUUCAAGUAAACAAGCUUGUGUGAAAUACACUUGAAAUUUGUCCAUGAAUAUUGUAGAAAAAUAACCAGUUUCCCUGACAUAUAAUCACAUUCACAAUAUGUAUUUCACUUUUUGUAUGAAAAUCAAUAAGUACAGUUGCCAUGGCAUUAUCACAAAACCACCCUGAUACAAGAGUUUACAUACCUGCAUGGGUGUUUUGGCCACAGAAUAUACAAUACUUUACUUAAACAUUCAGCUGUUAAAUGAAAAUUGUAAUUAUGUGAAGACAGAGGAGUUUAAAGUUUUUUCUGGUUUUGGGGAGUCUAAUUAGGCCACUUGCCUUGUUAAAUAAAGGAAACCGCCACCAUUGUAAAGCAAUGAGACUAAAAAAAAAGCACAAUGUAAAAAGAAUAAAAAAAUAUUUAAAAAAUGUUUAUAUAGUGACCAACAUGAAAGUAUUAAGAAAUCAAUCAUAUUGCCAUUGGCUUCCACUUCAGUCCUUGUUUGACUCACUUUCACCUGCGCUUCUGCUUCCUAUCCAAGAGAGUCAGUAGUAGAAAGUUGGGAAUCAAUCCUCACUGGCACUUCUGUCAAUUCAGCACCAAUUCCUUCUUUUAGGGCGCUGGGCUGCCCUGAGCAGAGUCAGGACUCUGGGACUUGCAGAAUAAUAAUAUCCAGCUGCCGAAAUAUCUUUGUUACUGUGGAUUUCUAAUACAAAUGUGUGAAUUGUUUUCAGUAACCUCAGAGGUUUAAAGGGACCCUGCAGAGGGUUUGAUCUCUUGAUGGUGUUUUUAGGGAAGAACUGGGCCUUUUUAAUAGUUAGAGAUUAGGUGCCAUUUAUGAAGUCAUUAAAAUUUAGAGCAUCUUUAAAAGUAUGUUUUCUCCCUCGUUAACAGUAGGUAUUAGCAUUGAUGAAACCAUGACUCUAUAGCACACCCUUCUAUCCAAUUAGCAAAAGUUUCACAUCCAUGUUAAAAUGUUUUAAGGAAUAAAAAUUACAGUACUAAUAAAUACUAACAAACCUUAUUCAGUGACAACUUUGAGCCUUGCUAUAAAGCAGACUUAAAGCUAAUGACAAUGUAAACAGUGGCUGAGAGCUCAGCGUGCUCCAACAGAUAGAAAAAAAAGCUGUUGUCUGACUACACAUAAAUAUGAACAAACAAAAUUAAUUGUUGAAGCAAAUAAAUAAACAGGAAAGCAAAAUACUUUUUCAGAAACACAUUUAUCUGUGUCCUGUGUGUAUUGUCCUAUCGAUAUCUUGGGAUAUCGAUAGGACAAUGAAUCGCAUGAAUCACGUUUACUUGUGUUGCUUAGAGUUGCAAAUUUUUACAGCUGAUCCAACAGCUGAUCCUUAGACUAGCAGGUUAGGCUCUGCUAGUCUGAGCCUAACUUUAACAUACCAACAUUUGACUCCUUAUUCUUGACCAAUUUAUAGCCUUUCAUAUGACAAUGCAUUACAUCUAACAGCUGACCUCAACAACCUAACAUUUAAACUCCUCCUCUGAAUGGUAUGAGUAUCUACAAGUUACUAAAGCAAAUCCUAAUCCAUGCAGACGCCAGGGAGUUGAGCUUUUUGUAUCAAAAUAAAUACUUUUUCGUAUCCGUUGACGCCACUGACACUCUGGGUCAAUGUUGAAAGCAUCAGUAAAAAUAUAUGUGCCCAUCGUGCAAACCACCAUCCAACACUGAGACACAAAGACUGUACACAAACUAAUUAAUUAAUUGAGCUGCCUGGGCUGCUAUGCCUGCGUUAAUGGAAACAUGAACAAUCUAGCUGGAAAGCAAAAACAGAAUCAUCUAUUUCACUCACAAUGGAGAUUAAUUUGUUUUAACUGUUAAUCCUUAUUUGUUUGAGGAAAUGGAGACUGUAACGAUUGCCGAGUCUGAACAUGUCACUUUAAAUAUGUAGUUUUUAAACCCAUUCUGUUUUUCCAUUUGUUGUAAGGUUUCCAAGCAGUUAUUUUGGCUACAAUGCAUUCCCAGUGUAAAAUUAUGCCUUCCCAAUUUGCUCAAUUUUAGCAGUAUUAUAUUUAAUCUUUGCUGUGCAUUAAAUCAUUUAACCCCCCACCCACCUCAAUUAGUCAAAACAUGAAUCACGUUUGCUUUCUAUAAGUUGAAAUACUCCAGUAAAAACAAAGCCAUAUCGCAUGAAUUGGUGUUUACCUACAGCUUACUGAAAGCCAUAAGCUUUACAGUGUUCAGCGCAGCCCACACGCUCUAAUCGAGGAUUCUUUCUUGGGGUGGAAAGUUGAUGAUGAUUUAGAGGUAAAAAAAAAUUUAAAAUACGAGUACUGUUUCCUGUUAAUACAUUCCUGAAUGUCCCUGAGACUGUGUUCUUUUUCCACCCUUCUCCCACCUCCUCCUCAGUGCUUUGUCAUACAAUGAAAGAGUUAUGCCGUUGAAGUGUUUCACGCCAGUAUGGCGUGAAUGUUAGCUGCAGGAAAGAAAAAAAAAAAAAAAAAAAAAAAGGAUCUGAUGUUGCUGUUAACGUCAGAGUCUGUCGUCAAGCGAUACAAAAAGCCAAUCAGGAAUUUGCCAAAAUAUCUGACAUCAAGGCCAUAACUCUUCCUUUCUAUGGCGGUGUUCUUUUCUAUCCUUCUAUUGAGUGCAUGUCUACUGAAUGUCCAGUAAUGUAGUAUUAGGCCAUGCUACUCCUUCAAUAGGUUUUGUGCAUUUCUUACCUUAUUUAUUUUCUAGUAUUCCUAUGAAGAAAACAGACUAAAAAUGUGCUAUAUAAAUACAUAUAUAAGAAAGAUGACAUAAAAGAAUGAAUUAUCACUUUUAUGGCAAUGUUUGAUGAAAUAUUAAUUCUUAAUGUAUGUUUCAGUAAAACUGCUUUCUCUUCAAAUGUAGAGACUUAUUGCAGGGAUGCAAGUAUGAUGUUUGGUCUUUGAAGAAUAUCUUGUUGAAAUUCUAGAUGAUGUAGAGUGAUACAAUUCAAUAAAACUAUAAAGCCGAAAA